UCUGAGCGGAGAGCCCGGCGAUCGGCGGCGGCGGGCGGGAUGAAGGCGCCGAGGAGACCGAGGCAGACGCUGCUCCUCCCCCGGCUCUGCAUCUGCGGGGUCGGUCUGGUCGCAGCCGCCUGGAUCUUUCACUUCAAUGAUGUUACAGGCUCACAUGGACCCACUGUGAAUGGGGGCAUCUCCUUAUCCAAGAGAGAGCUCAUCCAGCAGAAAGAUGACAACGACACUACACCUAGAACUGCUAUCAGUGAGUUUCCUGAAGACAUUUUCACUCCGGAGCAGAGGAGACAGGGAGCGGUACUCCUUCACGUUCUCUGCGCUAUCUACAUGUUUCACGCGCUGGCCAUUGUGUGCGACGUUUAUUUUGUGCCAUCACUGGAAAAAGUAUCAGAGAACCUUCAACUCAGCCAGGAUGUUGCCGGGGCAACCUUCAUGGCAGCUGGAAGCUCGGCCCCCGAGCUCUUCACCUCUUUGAUUGGGGUGUUUAUCACAAAAGGAGACGUGGGUGUGGGAACUAUCGUGGGAUCGGCUGUCUUUAACAUCCUGGUCAUCAUCGGCCUCUGUGGCAUCUUCUCUGGACAGCCGAUCUCUCUGAACUGGUGGCCUCUGUUUCGUGAUGCUUUCUUUUACAUCCUGUCCAUCCUGGUGCUUAUUAUGGUGAUCUAUGAUGAAAAAGUCCUGUGGUGGGAGACCAUAAUCCUGAUGUCUAUGUACGGAAUCUACAUAAUCAUCAUGAAGUUCAACAGAUCUCUGUGCAGCCUGGUGGAGAGACACUGCAGCAGAGCAGGUCAGCCAUGUCUGAGCAGCCUGCGGCGGACGACUGCUGUCGGAAGCAUCGGAGAUUGUGACAAUGACAUGGUGCCGCUGAAGCCAGACUCGUGUGUGGUGGCCGGUCAGGACUCAGGGGUGGUGAUGGUGGAUGAGCUGCUGAACCUGCACCCCCAUCAGCUCUCCUUCUCAGAGGCAAGCCUCCGCCUUCUCAUCACCCCGCAUUUCCCCCCCUACACCCGCUUGCGCAUGGCAGGACGCAUGAUAAUCAACGAGAGGCAGAGGCUGAUCCGGGCUCGGGUCAGCCACGAAGAGGGGGGACCCUCAGGGGAGGAUGGUGUGAGUGGUAGUGGGACGUGGAUGAGGGAGAACGGGGCGGUGGCCGAGUGCGACAGGCCGUCGCUGCAGGGAGAGAGAGAGAGGACUAAAGAGGCAGGGCGAGAGACAGGAGGGGGAGCACAGCCUAAAGAGGAGGACGAGGAGGAUGAGGAAGAGCAAGAGGAAGGGGAAGAGAACAGUCCUUUCAAACCUUUCAUCAUACCAGAUGGUUGGUGUGUGCGUGUGAAGUGGCUGCUCUCCUGGCCGGUGAGCGUCCUGCUUCACUGCACCGUGCCCGACUGUAACCUGCCUCGCUGGGAGCGCUGGUACCUGCUCACCUUCCUGGCCUCCACUCUCUGGAUAGCCCUCUUCUCCUACCUCAUGGUCUGGAUGGUGACCAUAAUCAGCUACACACUUGGAAUCCCGGAUGUCAUCAUGGGCAUCACCUUCCUGGCAGCCGGCACCAGUGUCCCUGACUGCAUGGCCAGCCUCAUCGUCGCCCGGCAAGGUUUGGGUGACAUGGCCGUGUCCAACUCCAUUGGCAGUAAUAUAUUUGAUGUGCUGCUGGGUCUGGGCUUCCCCUGGGCACUGAGGACUCUCAUUGUCAGCUAUGGAUCAGUGGUGACAAUCAACAGUAAAGGUCUGGUGUACUCAGUGAUUCUGCUGUUGGCCUCAGUCAUACUGACUGUCCUGUGUGUCCACCUGAACCACUGGAAGUUGGACCGCAGGUUGGGACUCUGUCUCAUGCUGCUCUACGCCAUCUUCCUCCUCUGCUCCAUUGGCUUCGAGAGACUGUAG